GGUCAGUCGCACGGUAUGGAUUUUCACGGGAUCGACGGGGAGCGAGUCUGCGCCGGCCGGUACGUCCGCGGUUCGCAGCUGUGUCGCGCCUCCUCGACCAAUCGCGCUCAGUGCCACGCGCGUCACACCAACGAGCGCAGUGCCGUAGGAGUCGUCGCCGGAGUGAUCGUACGUUUCGUCGCGAGUACUCCGAGAAGAAGAAUUAUGGAGGAUGUGAUGGCCGUGAACGGAGCGAAGGAGGUGAACGGUGACGCGGACAGGAUCUACUACGAAUUGGACGGUGAGGGCGAUGCCGACAGCUCGACAACUCCAAGCCACAACGUGGACCACCAUCGCGAUCGCAGCGAGAGCCCAGUUUUCGGCAUCGAGGGUGGCGGUAACGGUGCAGGCAGCAGUGGCUUGAGGCUUGCACCCCAAGAGCUGCCGAAUGAGAUCUCGGCACCGUACGAGGUACCGCAAUUCCCGAUCGAGCAGAUCGAGAAGAAGCUCCUGAUCCAGCGGCAACUGACCGUCAAAGCUGCAAAGGAUCUUGAGGAACGUCGCAGUCAUUACGAGCCGUCGCUCCAUACAGGAGUUCCCGAUGACAUCGAUCAUAGUUUCAAGAUAGAAGAAAAUGAUUUCGUACCUCAUUUUCAACGGGUCUCCAUAUCCGGCGAGGACACUUCCGGGGUGCCUCUGGAAGAUCUUCAAAGGGCCUCCAAGAUGCUGGUGCAGGCGUUGGCGAUCCGCGAAAAGUACAUGAACAACUCCAAGCAGAGCUUCCCCACUAUUACUUCUAGAUUCUUGCGUAGUAUCGAUAAGCGGCCACUCACCACAGACGACGAAGUUCACCACGAUGACCGCAAGUGCAUCGAAGGGAAAGAGCUGCUGGAUAUUGUGAAAGAAAUCAAGGGCGCUCGUUCCGACGCGGACAUCGACGCGCUGAUCAAAGACGUCUCUCGGACAGAUCACCCAGUACAUGCGCCUGCUUCCCGGGGCGAUCCGUGGAAAUGCGAAUUUCCACCGGCAAAGAAUUACAAGAUCGUACCGGUCAACGGCGUGUUCAACCUGUUUGCCAGUGACGAGGACCUGGCUAACGGCAAGCCGCUCCCGUAUUCGUACCCAGACAUGGCGGCCUUCAUCCAGGGCAUGAACCUCCUGUGCGCCAUGAUCGCCGACGGGCCUUUGAAAUCCUUCUGUUACCGAAGAUUGAGUUAUCUCUCCUCCAAGUUUCAGUUACACGUGCUGCUGAACGAGCUCAGAGAACUGGCGAGUCAGAAGGCCGUGCCGCACAGGGACUUCUACAACAUCAGGAAGGUCGAUACUCACAUACAUGCGGCUUCAUGCAUGAAUCAAAAGCACCUGCUCAGAUUCAUCAAGAAAACGUUGAAGAAUCACGCCUCUGAAGUGGUCACUUGUUCCAAAACUGGCGAGACCAUGACACUCCGCGAAGUUUUUCAGUCCAUGAGUCUGACGACUUACGAUCUGAGCGUCGACAUGUUGGAUGUGCACGCGGACAGAAAUACGUUUCACAGAUUCGACAAGUUCAACGCGAAGUACAAUCCUAUCGGCGAGAGCCGCUUGCGUGAAGUUUUCCUCAAGACCGAUAACUACCUGAACGGCAAGUAUUUUGCACGAAUAAUCAAGGAGGUCGCGAGCGAUCUUGAGGAGUCGAAAUAUCAGAACGCGGAGCUACGCCUGUCUAUCUACGGCAAGGGUCCAGAAGAAUGGGAUAAACUAGCUACGUGGGCGAUCGAGAGCGAUGUCGCUUCAGAUAACGUACGCUGGCUCAUACAGAUCCCUAGAUUAUACGAUAUCUUUAAGCUGAACAAACUCAUGACGAACUUCCAAGAAAUUAUCAACAACAUUUUUCUGCCGCUCUUCGAAGUGACCAACGAUCCCAAUUCGCAUCCGGAAUUACAUAAAUUUCUCAAAUACGUAAUAGGUUUCGACUCCGUGGACGAUGAAAGUAAGCCGGAAAAUCCUCUCUUCGAUAAAGACGUUUAUCCACCCGCAGAAUGGGACGACAUAGAGAACCCGCCAUACGGAUAUUAUCAAUAUUAUACUUACGCAAAUAUGACAGUCCUCAAUCACUUUCGAGCGGAACAAGGCUUGAAUACAUUUGUCCUGAGACCUCAUUGCGGCGAGGCAGGACCCAUACAACAUCUUGUGUGCGGCUACAUGAUGGCAGAGAACAUUUCGCACGGCUUACUACUCAGAAAAGUUCCCGUGCUCCAGUACUUGUAUUACCUGGCGCAAAUCGGCAUCGCGAUGUCGCCGCUCAGUAACAACUCGCUUUUCCUGAACUAUCACCGUAAUCCACUUCCAGAAUACCUUGCUAGAGGACUAUGUGUAAGCUUGUCCACGGAUGAUCCUCUCCAGUUUCAUUUUACCAAGGAACCUCUGAUGGAAGAAUAUAGUAUUGCUGCGCAAGUGUGGAAACUCAGUUCGUGUGACAUGUGCGAGUUAGCACGCAACUCCGUUCUUAUGAGUGGCUUUCCGCAUAAGAGUAAGCAGUACUGGUUAGGACCUAAUUAUACGAAGGAAGGAGUCGCUGGCAACGAUAUCACUCGAACGAACGUACCGGACAUACGAGUGGCCUAUCGAUAUGAAACCUUGGUUGACGAACUGUCCAAUAUCUUCAAGGUCGUGGAGAAACCCGAGUCACUUCCAUUUUAAUAAUCAAUUAUUUGGAUUUUAUCAAAACCGAUGGGUUGAUUAACGUGAAAAUGAUGUUCAAUGAUGGACAAAUUAUGAUUAUACGUGCGAUUUAUUCUUGGGAUUUCUGAUUUUUUAUAUAGAACGUUUUUUUGGAACAUUACGAAUUCAGAAGUAGAUUAUUUUUUCUUUUUAUAUAAUUGUCAGGCUUCUUCUCUCGACACAUAAAAAAAUAACUCGAGGGUAGAACUUGAACAACAUUGAUCGAAUUUAUGUUUUAUUGUUAGAUGAUAUUUAGUAUAGUAUGAAAUAAUAUUAAGUAUGUAUUUUAUAUCACAGAUUUUCCACAUAAAAACAUGUGCUUGAGAUCGUAAUCUGUAUCGGAUGACAUGAAGAAAUGUGAGACCAUGAUGAUUACACAUAGGUAAAGGAUCAAUGCGAUUUCACAAGGCCUUUACAAUGUUAUAUUAAAUUAUGGAGUCAGUUUCUAAAUUAAUUUCGUAAUUUAAUAUGAAAAUUGAUAUUUGUUAUUGGGACAAAUUGUAUGAAUUUUACGUAUGUAUUGAUCAUUCUUCUUGCAUCUUUUUUUGAAGACUUUAAUCGCAAGAAUAAAUCAGAAAUUAUACAUAUACGUUGACCAAUUUAAUAGUAGUUUUAAGAAGAUAUUUCUUUUAUCGUUGCAACAUUUAUAAUACACAAUAGCGCAUAUUGUAAUAUGAACUAGAUUAGAACCGAAUAUUACGUUCAUUUACCUUGACGUUGAACUCGUGAUAAGAUAAAUCCGUUUUUCAUAUCUCGGCUGUGCACGGCGACAGCAGCGUACUCCUUUCUUGGAUUUUAGCUUUAUUUUCUUACAUUUUUGUACAUUUAUAUCGUAAUCGAGUACGACAUUUGUUUCGACGAGCAUUCAAAUAGCUGGCUCGUACAUGCGGAUAGUUAACUCGUGCCAUUGUACAUCCUUUUUUUCACAAAUAGAUAAUGUAAAUAGGAAAUUAAUUUAAAUGUAACUAAAAUAUUUUACGAAGCUACAUGCGUGCCAAGAUAUGACGCGGCGACACAAACAUCAUUUCUCGUUAUUUUAAUGUUGUGGCUACUUUAAUCGUUUCUUUUUGCGUCUGCCAUUUUCCGAGAGAACUUUCCGAACAACGAGCCUAAGGAAUUUAAAUUAAGCGAUAUACGAUCAUCUAUAACACUCGAACACUGUGCCCUGAUAUCGAAUUUAAAUUAAAUUGUUGCUAGAUAGAAAGAUAUAUAUUUAUUGUAAAAAAAUAUAUAUACUAUACAACGGAAAUAUACUUGCAUCGUUAAAACC